UCUUAAAACCCGAAAACGAUACUCACAUUACCGGCUUGUGCCGACUCGACACCAGAAGCCGCCAACUCUCUCCAUAAAUACACAACAAUCAUUCAUAACCCCCUCAUCCCCAAAAACCCACCAAUCACACCGUCACAUAUGGAGCCAGCCGCCACCACCGCCGCCACUUCAUCAAACUCAAAACCCUACAGAGGAAUCCGGAUGCGCAAGUGGGGCAAAUGGGUUGCCGAAAUUCGUGAGCCAAAUAAACGCUCACGAAUCUGGCUCGGCUCCUACUCCUCGCCGAUAGCCGCCGCACGCGCUUACGACACAGCUGUUUUCUACCUCCGCGGCCCAUCGGCUCGGCUUAAUUUUCCUGACUCAAUUGGAGAAUAUGGCGGCUGCUCCGCCGGCGGCUUACACGACCUCUCAGCCGCAGCUAUUCGGAAAAAGGCUACUGAAGUCGGCGCGAAAGUGGAUGCGCUGGAAAACCAGAACGGCGCGAGCCGGCAGCGCGAGCCGGUGGGGGUUCAAAGGUGUUCGGGUCGGGUUUGUUUGAAUACGGAUUUGAAUGAGUACCCGACUCCGGAAACGUCCGAUGAGAAUUAACGGUGACGACAAAGGGUGGUUGUUUAUACGGGUAUUGACGGCGUUAAUUUCGGAGGGUGGGGUAGGGUUGUUCUUUUUUUAUAUACAUAUUUUAUUUUAAAUAUUGUUUUUGGUAGUUUAUGUAGAGAAGGAUAGAUGGAGAAUCCGAAGGGAUUAUGUGUUUUUAUUGUGUUAAAAUAUUGUUUUAUUUUCUCCUUAAUUACAUAAGAAUGAAUUAUUGAAAAUGCUAA